AGAAGCACCUCCGUCCCCCGCUGCCUGCACAUCAUACCAUAUCAUAAACCGCUACCAUUACUGCCAGCGAGCUAACAACAUACCCUUCAAAAGCAGGAUCUUACAAACGGUCGAGGCUUUGAUGGAGGGGCUACUGAGAGGUGUUUGGGAAGGACACUAUGUUUCCCUGUGUCUCCUCCUGGCCCUCUUCUGAUCCCCCUGCCGCUCUGGGCCAUGCUCCGCCCAUUCCCCGAGUACAGCCGCCCAAUCAGCCACUGCCUGACCUGCUGCGGAGCUGUGUUGUGCUCCCUUCCCCAUCCACGCGCCUGAGCUCUUGUACCAGUGAGAUGGAGUCCAUGAUUGUGGUGACGGAGUACGAGCCCAGUGGUGGCUCAGGGCAGGAGGGCGGAGAGGAGGAGGAGGUGGAGGACAUGGACAGCUCGGAAACGCCAGAGCCGGCGUCGUCAGGUCCAGUCCCGCCCUUCCGCAUGGUCUCCUGUGAUCUGUUAUCCCACACGGUGGGCUGCCCGGAAGCGCUCUUCCCAGAACCACAGGAGCACAGAGGUAGACUGAGCCUCUCCGACCGGAAGCUGUCACUACAGGAACGCUCACAGACGCUUUCAUCGCCCUGCGGUUCACCGGGGCUGAAUGGACGCUAUAUUUACCCAUCGCUGCCCUACUCGCCAAUCACCUCCCCUCACUCGUCUCCACGCCUCCCUCGAAGACCAACCGUGGAGUCUCAUCGUGUCUCCAUCACAGACCUGCAGGACUGUGUGCAGCUCAACCAGUACAAGCUGAAAGAUGAGAUCGGAAAAGGCUCCUAUGGAGUUGUCAAGCUGGCGUACAAUGAAGAUGACAACACAUACUAUGCCAUGAAAGUGCUGUCCAAGAAACGACUGAUGAGGCAGGCUGGGUUCCCGCGCAGACCUCCUCCUCGUGGGGCAAAAUUGGCCCCUGAGGGCCCCCCUCAGCCCAAAGGGCCUCUGGAGCGUGUUUACCAGGAGAUAGCCAUCCUUAAGAAGCUUGAUCACCCUAACGUGGUUAAGCUUGUGGAGGUGCUGGAUGAUCCAAGUGAAGACCAUUUAUACAUGGUUUUCGAGCUUGUCAAACGAGGAGCGGUGAUGGAGGUUCCUACUGAUAAGCCCCUGGAUGAGGACCAGGCACGCUUCUACUUCCAGGACUUUAACAAUUCAUGUCCGUUUAUGGAUGAGCGUAUUUUGAGCCUCCAUCAGAAGAUCAAGACCCAACCGGUGGAGCUUCCAGAGAACGCGGACAUAUCAGAUGACUUAAAAGACCUUCUGUUUAAAAUGUUGGACAAGAAUCCUGAAACCAGAAUUACCGUCCCACAAAUCAAGGUGCACCCAUGGGUGACGCGGCAUGGCGCUGAGCCCCUCCCCCCUGAGGACGACAACUGCUGCAGCCUGAUAGAAGUGACAGAGGAGGAGGUGGAAAACUCUGUCAAGCACAUCCCCAGCCUGGCCACCGUGAUCUUGGUUAGGACUAUGCUGCGCAAACGGUCUUUUGGGAACCCGUUUGAUUGGGGCCGCAGGGAAGACAGGAGUCCCGCCGCACCAGGACACACGCUAUCAAAAGGGAGAGCAGGGAGUUUGAAAUACUGCCGCAAUCUCAGUACCCCCAGGAAACAAGAGAGCGAGGAAGGCAUGCGGAGUGUGGACCUGCCCUUCGUGGGCGAGGAUGAAGUUCUUUCCUGAUAGUUGUGAGCGUCUUGCUCGGGCGAAAUGCGCAAGGAUGGGGCUGUCGUGGCUGCCGGAAGGCCAGGAUAUGGACCUGGGACUGGGGCGUGGAUAGGAAGAUGGAAGGAAGGAAGGAAGAAAA